AUGAAGCUUCAGAUUAAGGUCGACGACAAAACUGGAAAAAUCGUCGAUGCUCGAUUCAAGACUUUUGGGUGUGGCUCCGCCAUCGCUUCUUCCUCUGCUGCAAUUCUGGUUAAAAACUCCCUUAAGGAUGAAGGGAAAGCAAAUGGAGGAAGUUCUGUCCAGAAAAAAAACACUGAAAUUGCAAAGCAUCUUUCACUUCCACCAGUAAAGCUCCACUGCAACAUGCUUGUUGAAGAUGCCAUUAAAGUGGCUGUUAAAGACUGUGAAGCUAAGCGUGCUAAGGAAACUGCUAGCGGAGAGGCAGCAACAGAAGAGAAGCUAGCCACUGCAUGA